AUGACUUCUCGGGCAAUCAAUCAUGGGAUGUUCAUGGGCGGACGAUUCAUCCUCGGCUUUGGAGUCUGUUUCGUCAAUGUUAGCGGGCCUGUGUACGUUGGCUCUAUUGUCGCCGCCUGGGUCGUCUAUGGCACCAAGAACCAGGAGAACGGCUGGCGCAUUCCCCUCUAUUGUCAGUUCAUUGCUAGCGGUAUUGUCGUACUGUUUGCUUGGUGGCUACCCGAAUCUCCUCGAUGGCUCGUUAGCCACGGUCGCAUUGAUUCAGCCAGAGACGUCCUGGCACGAUACUAUGGGGAAGGCGACCGGGAACAUCCUCUGGUCAAACUUCAGCUUUCCAAGAUAGAAUACCAGAUCUCUACAGAAGGAUCUGAUAAGAGAUAG